AUGUCCACCCCCAAUGAUCUCCAGGCUCUUCUGGCGAGCAUCAGACCACGCCCAUCUCCUUCGAGCACGCCUGGUCAUGAUGCUCCCAUGUCGCAGUAUCCUCCGCAGUACCAUCCUGGGUUACGCCAGCCGCAGCAUCAGUACAGCCAGCCGCAGCCCUAUGACGGGCAGAGCUUCCCUCAUCCUCAGCUGCACCAGCAUGGUUACCACCAUCCUUCGGUCUCGUCUACCAUGCAUAGCCCUUCGCCGAUGAAUACUCCGCCCCAUCAUGGCUCGGAUAUCCUCAGCCCGAACGUCCCUACGCCCCGCGGCGAUGUGUACCCCCAACAGCAGCCUCAGCAACCCCAGGCCCAGAAUCCCGACCGCGCCGCCAAUCUUCUGAACCUUCUAAAGUUCAACCAAGCUGGGGUUGGUCAUCAGGGUCCGCAGCACCAGGUUCCCAUGAUGGGCAUGGAGCAACCCUUGUCGCCUCUGGGUCAGGAAACUGGACCCGAGCAAGGAGCUCCCAGGUCUCAUGCGCGAAACAUUUCCGCGUCGGAUUUGGUUGCGACUCUCUUUGGCAGACAGGGCGCGCCCGCUUCCGCAGCGGCCCCUCAGGCUACCAUGCCUGUAGGCUCGCAUUAUGUCCAACCGGAGGCCGUCGGUGCAGGGGAGAGCUCCUCAUCCGCUGCGCCGACCGCUGAGAACACCCAGGACAUGUUGCUUCGCCUGCUCAACCGCCCAAAGCCAGGUCAGCAAGUGGAUGUCAAUGAAUUGCUCCGAAAGUCGACGUCUCAGUCCCCGUCCGUCGUCUCUCCUCAAAAGUCCCCUUUUCCGGAGAAGGAGUUGAUUGACGACGCCGCGACGGUGGGCGAAAUAGUCGAGGAGGCAUUGGAAGAACCUGGCUUCGAUGAGAUUAUGCCUGGGAAACCGGAUACGAUCUCGUCGCAAGCUUCCAAAGCGUCCAUGACGCCAAAGGAAUCGCUCUUCACUUAUGUCAACCCGUUUGAGCAGCUGGCAGCCGCGUCUCCCCGCAAAAUGACUCCGCAGCCUAAGUCUCGGAGUGCGAGCCCGGCUGUGGAAAUCACCAAGAACAAGAAGGUCAAUCUUGCCACAAAGGCUGAGCCUGUUCUGGCAGAAUCGAAGCCUCUGGACACCACUAGAUCGGAAGACGUCAAGUCCCCUAGUCUGGCGGAGGAACAAAAGGAGGCUGUUUCUGAAGUCGUUGGCCAGCUUGUUGAUCAGAUUGGCCGCGAAGUCGACCAGGCAGCUAACAAGCAAGUCAAAGAAGAGGAGGCUCCUCUUCGAACAGCACAGGAAGAGAGCACCAAAGCUAUGCUUUCCUCUAUUGCCAGUCAUCUCCAGGAGACGGCCGCUGAAGCCAAUGACGUCACCUCUCCCGAGGAGUCUACAAAGGAUGUUGUUCCGGACACCGCCAUCCCCUCGAAGGAGCCAGCGCAUAACGGAAAUGGCGAUGCGCUAGUUGAUAGCUGGGAGAGCGCAGAAGAUAGCGCCGUGAAGGAAGAAGAGCGUGUUGUUCAUGUUCACAACUUCCCUCUGAGGCCCUUCAUUUCUAUUGCCGUGAAGGCGAACACCGGAAAACUUACAACUCUUCGAGACGAUGGCAUCAUGGACAUCGCUCGUCUGAAGAAGGAUUUCGAUCAGUUGGAUCGCUCCUUGACCUCAGCUACCUCGGACUACAUCGUCUACGCACUCGCCAAGAACGGUGGCAUGAGGAUCAUCCGCCAGGACGAUGGAAGCGACAAGCAGGUAUUCCGCUCCACUCGUGACCGGGUGUUCAAUGUCGCCCUCUGCACUUCAUUGACAACUGGUGGCUCGUCUGAGGAGCAGGCGAUCUUGGGUAUUGGUGUCAGCGGAACCGUGUACUGGGCUCUGAUCUCUCGAGCCGAGACGGAUCUUUUUGAGCUCGAUGCUCUGGAGAGCGAGAGUCUUAUCUUCCCGCCAUUCCCCGCUUCUGAUGAGAACACUUCCGGUGGCCAGCUGAAAACGCGGGCCAAGCGAAGCUCUCGUCAUCCGGCCUUCUUUGCGAUCGGCCGUGGCAAGAAUAUCUAUGUGAUUUCGCCCCAGGCAGCUACCCACCCAAGCUACGGCGUGUCUGGAUCUCAGCGAACUGUGAACACGGAGAAAUUUUUCAAGGAACGCGCCUUGAAAAUAUCGACCGGCAAGGCCGGAAAGGACUUCAUGUUCAGCGACGAUGACACUGUUAUCGCGUCCCUUGACAAGACGGGUAGACUGCGUUUCUGGGACAUUCGCGAGGUUGUUAACAACCCAGCUUUCCUCGCCAGUGGCCCCAGUCCCGCUGAAAUCCGUGUUCCACUGAACACCUUCGUUACCGGGUCACCCACAGAGAAGUCCUGGCCCACCUCUGUACUCUUCAUCGACAAGUUGCGCCCCUAUGUGAAAUCAAUGGCCCUCCGUUAUGUUCUUGUCGGACUGAAGCAGAACCACACCUUGCAGCUCUGGGAUAUUGGGCUGGGUAAGGCUGUGCAGGAGCUCAAGUUCCCUCACGAGAACGAGUCGGAUGCCAUCUGCAGCGUCGCGUACCACCCGGGAACCGGUAUCCUCGUUAUCGGCCAUCCUACGCGCAACUCGAUUUACUUUGUUCAUCUCUCUGCGCCGAGAUACAACCUUCAGCCUAUGUCGCAGGCUUCUUUCAUCAAACGCUCGAGCGAAAAGGAUAGCAGUCUGCCUAAGCCAGAGUCCACUGCUUGUAUGAGCGGCAUUCGGGAGAUUUCCUUCGCCUCGAAGGGUCAGUUGCGUAGCUUGGAUCUCCUUCCUAUCACCAAGGCAGCCGGCGACAAGCGUGGUUUAGAGGAGGAGAGCGGUCUCUUUGAGCUCUACGUGAUGCACUCCCGCGGUGUUACAUGCCUCAACAUCAAGAAGGAAGAUCUGGGGUGGAGCUCGGAGAACAAAACAAUCCGUCCUGUGAACGCACUGGAGGAAGGGUUCAUUGAGAUUUCUGAUCUUCAAACUUUCCCUAGCUAUGUCACGGACGAGCCCUCGGUCAAUGGCGACACAGCGCCCACCCCUACCAAGGCAGCACCCAAGGAGGUUGUGAAGAAGACGCUAGAACUCACCGCUGACACCAGCGCUGGUGCUGGUGCUGGUGUCGGUCCUUCGCGAACACAGUCACCGACGAAGCCAUCAAUCAAGAAGAAGCCAGGUGAAGACCAGGUUGAGCCGGCGGCCCUAGCGACAAAUGGCGCUGAGAAACCCGAGAAGAAAAAGAAAAAGAAGGCCUCGACAGCUACCGCGGCGGGUCCUGGUGAAGGUGCAACGAAAGUGAAAGAAGCCAACCCCGCCUCAUUCACUGGCGCAAACGAGGGCCCCUCUAGCGACUCUCGCACUUCCGCCCUUCCCAAGGAGCAACUCAACGGAAGUGAUGCCACUUCUGCAACAACUCCCACUACUGUCCAGCCUGCACCUCAAUUAUUUGCCGGUGGCGCGAGUGAUUUCUUGACCAAGCACAUGGAUGCUCUACAGAGUGGCGUUUCCAGCGAGUUCAAUAAGAGUCUUGGUCGCGAGAUCGAGGGAUUGUAUUCUCGCUUCGACGAAGAGCGCCGCAGCUGGGACGUCGCAUCUGCAGCCAAGCAGGACCAAGUUUUGCGACUGGUUUCGGAUACCCUCUCUGACAACGUGGAGAAGAAUUUGGCACGUAUUGUGUCGAACAGCAUCCAGACCGAAGUCAUGCCUACUCUGACCGAAGCUACCUCAGCUGCUGUUAGUAAGCAAAUUGAUGAGGUCGUUUCUCAACAGCUAGGAGGUGCUGUCCCUCGAGAGUUGCGCCAGGCGCUGCCGGAAGCGGUGACACGGGCCGUGCAACAGCCUGAUGUGAUGAAGGUCAUGUCAGACGCGGUGGCUCAGAAACUAUCUUCCCAAGUCGAAAGUGAAAUGUCCAGGGCCUUGCACAACACGAUAACCCCCGCAUUCAAGAAUCUCUCUCUCCGAGCUGCUGAAAAGAUUGGGGCCGAUAUGGAGAAGCAGGUGCAGGUUCAGAUGAAGCACUAUGAGAUCCAGCGCCACAACGACUCCGCGAAGAUCGAUCAGCUGACUACCCUCGUGCGAAGCCUUUCGGACACCGUGGCUUCGAUGGCAGCGGCCCAAACUGGCUUUCAGAAUGAGGUCCUAAGACUCAACCGCGUUCUGGCUACUCGACAGAGCCAAGGAAGUGCACACAGUUCACGGCAGCCCUCGCUUGCCGGCGCGCCUGCACCCGUGGUCGAGUCGAGAACUCCGGAGGAGGUGGAGCUGAUUGAAAUUACUCAAUUGAUGCGCGAAGGCAGAUACGAGGAGGGUUCCGUCAAGUGGCUUCAAUCUACCCAGCAGGCCGAUCUGUUUGAUAACCUCUUCGUCCGCUUGAACCCUGCAUACUUGACCAGCCUCUCCCCAAUUGUCGCUCUGUCCGUUGGUGUUGCGGUCACGUCGUCUUUGCAGACCAAUGUUGCGGAGCGUCUCACGUGGCUGGAGGUCGUUUUGCAAACUGUCAAUCCAAUGGACCCCGACAUUCGUGAAGUUGCACCCAAGAUUAUGGACAUCCUUACACAGAGAUUGGAGGCCCUCUACAUGGCCAUUGCCGAAAACAGCCCUCACGAUCCUAUCCUUCGCAAGAUCCCACCACUUUCGCGCCGUGCUCGAGAGCUUCGUGGACCUUGA